AUGCUCUCAAAACUUUUCAAGUCGGCCAAUUUAAUAAGGCCGACGAUUUUAGGGCUAAAAGGAAAGCCGCCGACUCGCAUCUUGACGCGGUCCUCCAGUGACUACAUCCCGCCUACUCAGUACGACGUACCUAUUCCGAAGAGGCUAAAUAUAUUGUAUGUCCUGAGAGUUUAUUGGGAAACCAUUCCCCUUUUCCUUGUCACUUGUACAAGUUUUUCUAUUUGUUUGUUUUCAAUACUCUGGGCAAUCACUCACAAGAUCGACGUGGUAUACAAAACGCACAGCCGCGAAAACAUCUCUCGCACUAUGGACCUGCGGAACCCGGACGUGCUCAAAAUAUUCCUAAUAAACCAACGCUACGAGCCUUGGCCGGAGAUGCAAGACGUUCUAGAUAAAAUGGCUCUCGCUCAAAAGACUGCCUUGAUGAGAGCGCGCGUCUGUAAGCCAUCAUAA